CAGCGUUCGAAUCACUUGGGAGAGUGUGGACUGUGGAGAGUCGAGACAGCCCAUGGAACAACUCGUCAGUAAUUAUCAUUCAGUUCUCUCAACCUCAUUUAUUUGCGAAAGAAGUCCUGUGCCCACUUUCCCUCUCCAUCGGGUCCGCUUCAUCUCCUCUCGCAAGCACAGGGCCAGUAGCAGUCUGAGGAUGGCUCAACCAGGUUCGAACCAUGAUGCACAAAACCCAGUGAUUCAGCAGAAGAAAGUGAUAAUAACAAACAAUCAUGGUGAAAAACUCAUGGGCUCAUUACAUGAAACUGGAUCUGCAGAAAUUGUAAUUUUGUGCCAUGGUUUUCGGUCCACAAAGGAAAACAAUACCAUGGUGAACCUUGCUGUUGCUCUGGAAAAUGAGGGGAUCAGUGCCUUUCGCUUUGACUUUGCUGGAAAUGGGGAAAGUGAAGGUUCAUUUCAGUACGGUGGCUAUUGGAGAGAGGCUGAUGAUUUACAUGCUGUAAUCCAACAUUUCCGUGGUGCAAAGCGUGUAAUACAUGCAAUUCUGGGGCAUAGUAAAGGAGGCAAUGUGGUGCUGUUGUAUGCUUCAAAGUAUCAUGAUAUCCAAAUGGUUCUCAAUGUUUCUGGCCGUUAUAAUCUGAAGAGAGGCAUUGAUGAGCGCUUGGGUAAAGACUUUUUCGAAAGAAUCAAGAAGGAUGGAUUUAUUGAUGUUAAAAAUAAAACAGGAAGUGUUAAUUAUCGUGUGACUGAGAAGAGUUUGAUGGAUCGCCUAAGUACUGACAUGCAUGAAGCAUGCCUUAAGAUUGAAAAAGGAUGCAGGGUUUUGACAAUCCAUGGAUCUGCCGAUGAAAUCAUCCCUGUUGAAGAUGCUUUGGAGUUCGCCAAGAUUAUACCUAACCACACAUUACACAUUGUAGAAGGAGCUGAUCAUAGAUACACUUCACAUCAAGCUGAGUUGGCUUUGGUAGCUCUGAACUUCAUAAAGACAGGCCUGCAGCAAGACAAGGAUAGCCCCUAGCCAGGUAAUGCAGAGCCCAUUAGCAGAUAAAUUUAUGGAAUCAAGAGUUCAAAACAAUUUGUAAAUCUUAUUAAAGUUGAGUUUUUCAGCAUUGUUCCUGGUGAAGAAUCUAAUAUGUUGUUCAGGUGGCUUAAGGACCCUACUCAUGAUACAGCUUGGUGCCCGAGCUCAACCAUUUAGGGUUUUUAAACGACGAUGCUCAUGAGAUGGACAUGCAUAAAUAGUUUGCUGAUUGCAUUUACAGCUCAUAUUGUUUUCUUGAGUCUUCUUUGUUGGAUGAAAUUGUUGAGAAACCGGUUCCCUUGCUUGCACCUUUCCCUUCCAAGACAGUAAUGCCUCUUUCAAUGUGCAAGAACCCACAUGAUUUCCAGCAGCACAAAUCAGAGUGGAACACCACUCUUGGAAUCUUAUUUAACCUAUUAAAGUUUUUCUUGA